UGCCGAGCGCCGCUCGGGCCGGCCGCGUCACGAGCCGCAUGAGCGCGCCGGAGUGCUAGCGCAGGUGCGCGGGUGUGGUAUGCCCGCGCGUCGCCGCCAUGGCCCCUCUGCUGGUGGCCUUGGCGCUGAUGACCUUGCUGCCCGUGUCGGAGCAAGGUCCCCACGAGAAGCGUCUAUUGAACGCUUUGCUGGCGUCGUACAACACGCUGGAGCGGCCGGUAGCCAACGAGAGCGAACCGCUCGAAGUCAAGUUCGGCCUGACGCUGCAGCAGAUCAUAGAUGUGGAUGAGAAAAAUCAAAUCCUGACCACGAACGUCUGGCUCAACUUGGACGAGAAGAAUCAACUACUUAUAACCAAUAUAUGGCUGUCAUUGGAAUGGAACGACUACAACCUGAGGUGGAACGAUAGCGAGUACGGCGGCGUGAAAGACCUGCGCAUCACACCCAACAAGCUGUGGAAACCAGACGUUCUUAUGUAUAAUAGUGCUGAUGAGGGUUUUGACGGGACCUACCAGACCAAUGUGGUGGUCAGAAACAACGGCAGUUGCCUGUACGUGCCCCCGGGCAUUUUCAAGAGCACAUGCAAGAUAGACAUCACGUGGUUCCCCUUCGACGACCAACACUGUGACAUGAAGUUCGGUAGCUGGACCUACGAUGGCAACCAGCUGGAUCUGGUGCUUAAGGAUGAGAACGGUGGCGAUUUAUCAGACUUCAUAACAAAUGGAGAGUGGUAUUUAAUAGGAAUGCCAGGAAAAAAGAACACGAUAACAUACGCGUGUUGUCCAGAGCCUUACGUGGACGUCACUUUCACGAUAAUGAUAAGAAGAAGAACGUUAUACUACUUCUUCAAUCUUAUAGUUCCGUGUGUCCUUAUCUCUUCGAUGGCUCUCCUGGGCUUCACUCUUCCGCCGGACUCUGGGGAAAAACUAACACUCGGAGUCACUAUUCUUCUCUCGCUGACGGUGUUCCUCAACCUGGUAGCCGAGACCCUGCCGCAGGUCUCCGACGCGAUACCCUUGUUAGGGACGUAUUUCAACUGCAUCAUGUUCAUGGUGGCUUCGUCGGUGGUGCUAACGGUCGUGGUGCUGAACUACCACCAUCGCACCGCCGACAUACACGAGAUGCCACAGUGGAUAAAAUCCGUGCUCCUCCAAUGGCUGCCGUGGAUCCUGCGCAUGUCGCGGCCGGGCAAGAAGAUCACGCGCAAGACCAUCAUGCUGUCCAACCGGAUGCGGGAGCUAGAGCUGAAGGAGCGGUCGUCCAAGUCCCUGCUGGCGAAUGUGCUGGACAUAGACGAUGACUUCCGGCACGGUCCGCCGCCGCCGAACAGUACGGCAUCGACGGGGAAUCUGGGGCCAGGAUGCUCGAUCUUCCGCACCGACUUCCGUCGCUCCUUCGUGCGGCCGUCAACCAUGGAGGACGUGGGCGUCGGACACCACAGGGAGCUUCAUCUUAUACUGAGAGAGCUGCAGUUCAUCACCGCGAGGAUGAAGAAAGCUGAUGAAGAAGCUGAGGUGAUCAGCGACUGGAAGUUUGCAGCUAUGGUUGUGGACAGGUUUUGCUUGUUCGUGUUCAGCCUGUUCACGAUCAUUGCUACAGUGGCAGUGCUGCUGUCUGCACCGCACAUCAUCGUACAGUGAGGCCGCUCGCGCCUACGCACCGAGAGAGAACUAUGCUUAACGUAGACUACGAUACCCUGCGCCCUAACCAAGGCCACAAAGUAAUAGGUCAAUCUUAGAAAAGAUAUUUCAAUCUGUCAUUUUGAUCUAUUAUUGUUACCCUGUGGCGCAGUGAAUACGUCUAAUUUUAAAACUGUAUAAUAUUGUAUCUAAAUACGUGGUUCAAGCGCACACGGUCCCUAAACCAAGUCGAAAGACGGUAAAUAUAAAUAACAUAGAUACGUUACGUAGUAAGUCCGACAUAAUUAUAAAAUGAUUGUGAUGUUGACUAGGAUGUUAUACAGAUAAACGUUGACAAUUAUAAUUUGUUAAAAAUGUAAUAAUAUUACUAAUUAAAGGUAAAAGAGGUUUUAAUGAAUUGUUUUAAAGGAUCGCUCUAAAGGUUUGGCUCCGCGCGGAAUAGAUUUUUGUUCUAAAAAUUUUAAUAAGCAAUUUACGAAAUAUACAACUGAUAUUGAAGAAUUUUACUGACAAAUUAUUUCUUUAAUACACUUUAAUACAUGCACAAUCGACAUAUAUAUUUUGUAUUGGCGUUUAAGAUAGUUGUUAAUUUUGGAAUUGGGAUCUUAGAGGCGAGAGGGACGAGACGCCCGCUCGGGUCGUAAUCCUUUAAGCAAAUGAGGGAUCACAGAUGAUGACAUUACCUUAGGGUAGUAAGUAACGUGUAUAUAACAUAAAGGAUCAAAUAUUGGUAGACUCGACUUAUAAUACGUCGUUAAGGUUAUGUUUUAAGGUAGAUCUACACGCGAGGACGCGUCACGUCACGAGCGACGCAACGCGACGCGUGUAUCCGGGAUCUCGGUUCACUUGUUUACUUUUCAUUUCCGUUGGAGCUCCAGGAAUUGUUUAAGUCAUGGAAUUGAUACAAAUAAACAAUUAACAUGAUGGAACCAAAGUAAUGGUAGAUAGUUAAAAUUAUUGUAAAAGAAAAGCGUAAACUAAAUCUAAAUCAUCAAUUACAUCUCAAUUGUGUAAGUGAGCAUAACCGCAGUAGUAAGGACGUAGAUAAAUCGGAAAGUAAUCAAAAUUUAUUCGAGUCAUUGAGCGUAAGCACGACACGAAAUACUUACUAGGAGCAUUCUAGUGGUUAUUAUUUUAUCUAGUCCCUUUAGCGACCUAGCGAGCGCGGCAGCGACGCGUUUGGGAGACGUUUAUCAAUAAUGUACAUAAUGGUUAUCAAUUAAUAACGUGUGUAUUUGUACAUAAUAUCAAAAAUACAGUAAACAAUGAAUAUUAUUCGUUUUGGAACAGUUACUAGUACGAAUUGCGAAUUUAUUGUAAUUAAAUAGUUUCAGCACGAAUGGGAAAAUGAGAAUAUUUGAAUAUAAACGACAGUGUUCACCGCACGCUCUUACUCUCCGGUAGGGGGCGCCCCCGCCCCCGCCCGCGCCCCGCGCACCUAACGCACCGCCGCGGUUGCAGCAACGCGCGCGCAACAGGCCACGCUCCCGUAGUGACCUUUACGCCCUCUAGCACGUAUCGUAGCAACUAAACUAUAUCGUAUAAUAGUCGUAUUAUUUAAUGAAAAUAACACUAAUUCACGUCUUAAUCUAUGUCCGUUCCUCAAUUUCGCUCUUAUAGAUGUCGUGAUAGCCUAGUGAAUGUCGUGUCCCUUAAUAAAAAUUAGGCUAUGGUUAUAAAGGAAAUAUGUUAAGGAAGCUCACUAGUUUAGAAUAAAAUUUUAUGCAUCUCGGUGUGUUCUUUCUAAUACAAUUUAAAAUAAGAAAUCGUUUUGUGUUUAUCAUCGAACAACGUUAGUAAGGGAUCGUUGAAUGGUUACUUGGUUUAUGUGUGUUUGUUAAUAUUAUAUAAUAUCUAGUUAAUAUUUAGCGAAUAUUUUAAUGUACCUACUUUAAUAUUAUUUUGUAACUUCUUUUAUAGAAUCUAAUUUGUUCAAUUAGUCCAUUUUAUAUAUUUCAUAUAGUUUUGAAUUGAUCGCGUGGUGCUCAACUAAUAUCAUGAAAGCAAAUUUUAACACCGUAUAUUUGUUACAAAAAACUACAAUAUUUUAAUUCUCUAUACAUAUUAAGCUUAUAUAGUCCACUAUAUCUAAAUGUUUUAUUUAUUGUUACCUAUACUUUUGACAGUUGAGUUUUCCAAUGACGUGUAAAAGUAAUUGUACUUACCUAUCUCUGUCGAAAUUAAAUUAUUAAUAAGGAAAAUGAAAUUGUAAAAUUAAUUGAUAUAUAUUUAAUUAGAUUUGUUAGUGCCAAAAAAUAGGGUUUAUAAAUGAUAAAUUAAGUUGGAUUAUAGGGGUAUAAAUAAAGGAUAACGUUGAGGAUUUUAUUGUAAAAAUAAUAAAAAAACGAACUAGGGUCUUUGUUAACAAGUAAUUUAACGUUAAUGUUGUCGGGACAUCGGGCCGCCGCGACGGAGUAUCAGCCAGUUUUAAAAGCUUAUUUUGUUAAAAAAAUUAUGAGGUUGUGAAACGAUUAUAAUUCUUGUGGUCGCGACCCGAUGUCUCAUUAAAAUAGAGUUAAGAACUGAUUGCGAGAGUCGGCUCGAACAGCAGAUUCAAUUCAAUAUUGGCGUUAAAAAAUAUUCGUCAACUUGCUUCUGGAGAGAAUAGGGAUUUACAACCUCCACUGAAUUUUGACCAAAUUAAAUGAAACAUUAAUGCAAUCCAAUUCUUCUAGUAAAAAUCUUUCUCACCUCCGAGCCUACUCUCACAAUAAAGUCUUCAACUUAAAUUUUAAACGCGAGUAGAAAAUUUUUCUACAAAUAAUAAAUGAUAUAAAAAAACGCCUGCUUUGGACCGGGUCACAACUAAACAGAAAUGAACUGACGCACACUUUCAUCCGCAGACUUUACAAGUUCUCUUUUUAAGUUUUAAUGUUUUAAGCUCGACCGCCGAGGCAUAUUCAUGGGAGAACUUUCAAGUUACGGGCGAAAUUUGUACGAGAUUUGCCUUUCCAUGUAGGUUUAGUAGAAGCGUGGUAAACCUUGAGGAGAAUUUUCUUUACGAGCUUUCCUUCAUAAGAGACAACAAGUCAAUAUAAAGUAAGUUUUAUAGCUCUUCGCAACUUGUAACCUUCUUGACGCAAAGUACACAAACUGUAGGCAACAGGCUCGUCCGAUACGCAUUUUCCGGCAUUUCCUCAUAUUCUCCCGUCUAAGCGAACCACGAUCGACGUAUGGUCUCUUGUGAUUUUUGUGAAUUUGUACAUAAGCGUGACAGGAGGGCAACACGUCGGAUGUUGUUCGCGGUAGUCCCUCUGAUAUGCGGCGUCAGCCAUUUUGUAAACACGCACCGUGCCAAAUGGCGCAUGCCAAGUUCGUAUAGUUUACUUUGUUAUCUUUGUUAAAAUACUUAAGAAUAAUAAAACACUGCCAGUAAGAGCAAGUUAAGUAGGGUUUUGUGGUUUCCUAUUUUAAGAAAUCACUCCAGCUUUAAAACGAUGCAUUGGCAUGUUAUAGCUCAAACGCUAGUUACAUACACUUUAUUUGCACAUGAUUUUAUGUAUUAGUGGAAAGUCCAAAUAGUGAUCAGUGUUUUCCUGCCUUAUUCUCUCAACUUGCGUCUUGUUUUAGGCAACAGCACCAACACCUCUUUCCGAAUUUCGCUUCAACACUAAGGAACCACUAUACACUAUACCGUAAUUACAUAUGUCUAUAUUUAAAUAUACACAAAAUCUUUUCAUGAUGUUUAAAAGACAUACAAAUAUGAAUGAAAAGUAAAACAACUAUUUUGUAAAAUCAGACUUCAAGUUAGUUUACUAUUACAAAAUGACCUUCGGAUUAUGAAACUCUAUUCCUUAUAAAACUUGCCAUUUGUUAUGAUAUUGAAAAUCAUACAUUUAUUAACAAAAUAAUUUAAAUACUACCUACUAAAAUAUACUACAACUAGUUCACUUUGUAUGUCCUGAAAACAUUGUUCAUCACUGCACAAUAGGGAACUAAAUGCUUUAAUCUCGAAACAGGUAUUUUGGACUCUAAUGUACAUUCUCUACCACCCACGCUGUUAUACUAACUAAUAAAUAAAUUAUUUUAUUUGAUACAAUUAACUCUUACAAAGAACGUGGCUGAAAUUUCAUACUUACUUAAAGCUAUGUUAUACUGUUUCAAGCUUU